AUGGUUCUCCGAGUGCAUUCUCAUUACCGAUCGAUUGUUUGGACCGGUCCGUAUACAGAGACCGGUCCCAUCAACUCGGCAGGAGUUCCCUGCUUGGUUUGGUUCAAAAACAGAAGAGCAAAAUGCAGACAACAGCAACAGCAGCAACAGAACGGUCCGAACAGCAACAGCACAACGAACAAACCGCGUCCUGCAAAGAAGAAAACGCCACCGCCGACACCGCGUGAACCCGACGCGCCUACCACCACAUCGAGCGAUACACCGCCUUUCAAAGCAUCGCCAUCCGUCUCGUCGAGCAUGCCCAAUAACAACAGUAUUUGGAGCCCGGCAUCGAUAGCCCCUCAGCCCAUGACAAGUGAUCAUUUAUCAGCAAACAUGAGUAAUAACAGUUGUAUGCAGCAUUCCUACACCAUGCCUAACGCGCAACCCGCUGCAGGCUACACAGCGCAGGGUUACCAGUCACCGUACUUUGGCGCCGGCCUUGACUACCUCUCUCAUAUGCCGCAAUUCCCCGGCGCCAUCAACCACCAGAUGGCAUCGAGUGCUAUGAAUAACGGGCCGAUGACCACCAUGGCGUCGCAGCUGCCUCCACCCCACCACGCCCAUAUGCCCAUGGGCUCGAUGUCGAGUGCAGAGUGUAUCGACGGUAAAGAACAGCCGCAAUGGAAGUUCCAAUCCUUGUAACCCAACCUGACAGAAUCUCAGCACCGAGAUGAUCCCAUUGAGUCCAUCGUAUCAAUCGGGCGUGGUUCGGCAGCCAGGAAAAUGUCUGGAAAAUGUGCAAAAUGACACUGAUGUUCACAAAAUGGCGGCUCGACUUAGCGAAAUUACGACGCGCACACGAGGUUAUGACAAUGAAAGGACCAAUGGGUAUAGGAAUCAGAUUUGAUUUAUAAAUGAAUAUUUUGAAUGGAACCAUCACUCAGGGAAAUCUCGAGACAACAUGAGGUUUCUACCGUUUCGUAAUGACUCCAUUCCUGAAACGCAAGACAUUGCCGUUCGGACAAUCUGAAAUGAAUCACAUCUUUGCUCUUUAUAAUGAUUGAUAAUAAUCCAUGAGAUUUUCAUGUGUUUCUCUUUUUUUCUAGCCAUUUAUGGUGUUAUUAAUCAAACUCGUUAUCAGCACAAUAUUUAUUGUUAAAUGAGCUCAUGCUAAAGCAAGCAAAACUUAUUGCAAAUCCGAUGUGUUAUGUUUUCAUACAACUUUUAAGUUUAAGAUAUUUGAGGUUAAAAUCCUCAAUGAUCGUAAUGGUGGAUAUUUCUCUAUCGAGCAAGUACAUAACAAAAUACCAUCUUGUGAACAACUGAUCAAACUGAAAAAGACUAUGUUCUUAUUCAACAAAUUGCAUCAUGUGACUAUUUAGUAUGCCUAUUAUGAAAAUAUCGAAUCAGUUUCUGCUUAAUGUUAUUUUAAGUUUUAGCGUGAGAUCAUGAAACAGAUUGUGUUAGUACCUUGAAUGAACGCAUCUCACGUUGUCGAGUGCGUUUAAUCUUAAUUAUUGUUGAUCAAAUGACCUUGUAAACAAGAUGAACCACCAAAAACUUUCCCACCGAAAAAAAUGUUAACAGGAUUGACUGAUUUAUCCAACAUGCAAUGUAAAUCUAGAUGGUUUUAUUUAUUACAGUAGUAUAUGUAUAGACAAGUGACAAUUAUGAUUAUCAUUAACUCUGCAUUACAUUAGUGUGUUGCUAUAAGUGAAACAAAUUUCUUUCGUUUUCAAUCAUAGGAUAAUUCCUUCGAGAAUCCCAGAAUUAUUUGCAAUCAACUCGUCUAGGUUAAGAAUAAUCAGCUCAAACUUAUUUGUUUCUUUGUGUCUUGUAUUUGAUUGAUUUGCUAUUCUGUUAUGAACUUAAUUGUUUGAAUAAUAAGUCGACUUUCUUUUUUUAAAACGUAUUCUAAGACUAACUAUCGGGCGUUUUGUACGACACAUUGAAGUGUUGAACGAAGUUAACAACUAUUUUAUUGAGUCCAAUUUUGUACCCCCUUUUCUUUGGUUUUAGUUUCCCAAGUUGGUUGGAUAUACAGGGUCAAUGUUAAUUUAUGUGUUGUAUAGAAAACAAUGUUAUAAAAGAAUGUCACCUGACUGUGCUUAUAAGGAACCAUAAUGGGAAACCUUUUGAUUUUAAAUUGAAAAUAUACUUAUAAGUACCCAUUGUGCGGAUUUUAACUUUGAUAACAGCCCCGAUUCACUUUUUUUCAAGCGGGGCUUAAUUUAUAUAUCUUAUAUUAUUGUGAAAGCAAUCUCUCUAACACAUCCAGUAUUUAGAAUUCUAAUAUUUAUGUUUUGUAAAUUAUGUUUUUUUUCUUCUGAUAUUUAUGUUGUCUUUUUUUUCUCUUCGUUUUGACCACAAACCGCAUGGUGUGUUUGAAAAUGUAUUGACAUAAUUAUUUUCGUCUCGUUCCUUUUGCUUUAUCUUCUCAUACCUUUGCCUCAAAUUCAAAUAUUCUAAGUGUAAAUAAAUGAUAUAUAGAGGGGGCAACGUCUUUAUUUUUUUCCUUGAUUCUAUUCAUUCCAUGUUUAAAGUAGUGUCAGACAGACCGUGUAGUAUACGUAGGUUAUAGAUAUCUGAAUAUCUUCGUUAUUUUCCCAAUUGUUUCUAGCCUGACGCAACGUUAGGCAUAUUAUGCACAGUUGAAUGAAAAUAUUAAAAAUUGCACGAAAUAUAUUAAA